AUAAAUAAUAAAAAAAAAAAAAAAAAGAUAAAUAAAUAAUCAAGCAUGGCUAUAUUUAAUUGGAGCGGAAGUGCAAGAUGAGCUGCACUGACUGCCAUAAAUUUCAAAUGCAGAGAAUGGAACGUUUUUGAUAUAACAAAUAUAUAUAUAAGUAACAAAAAUUAUAAAUUAUAAUGCAAAAAAUCGACCUAGUAAAUCAAGAAUUCUUUGAUUACAAAACCAUGAAAUUUACAAAAUAAACAGUUAACGAAGAUUAAGUGAUACAAGUGAUUUUUUAAAAAUACACACUGAAACUUAAAAUUGGAAGACAAAUAUUUUACAAAAAUGGGAAAUUCAAAAUCUCAAAUUAAUCAUCAGCCCAAGAAACAAAUGUAUAUUGUACGAAUAAUAAGCCGUACAUGGGAUAGAUUUAAAAAACAACGUCAACAUAAUGAAUCUUAUAAUGAUGAUGAUCGUGAUACAGAAAUAUCUUCAAAAUGCAGUGAGUGCAAAGGAUGCACUUAUCAACAAGAUAGUCUUUUUUUCGACAGUGAUUCGGAAAUGUCACCAAAUGCUGAAGAUGAAAUGCUCGUCAUGAAAUCAUGGGAAAUUCAACAUGAAAAAGAAAGACUCAGACCACCAACAUAUAAUGCUGAAGAUUAUGCAAUGGCAUUGAGAAGAUGGGGAAGACGUCCAAUAUCAAAUAUACCUGAUUUUCAUGGUACAUUACCAUCAACAACAAGUUCAAGUUCUGGAUAUGUAUCUGGUAGUGGUGAAAUGACUCUACGACAAUUUACAUCUGUCAGUGAAUUACUCAACAAACUACGAGCUGAUUUAAGACUUGCAUUUCCAAGUUUUGUACAAGAGUUUGCAUCAUCACCAGCUGAUGGAAUAAAUCUUUUAUUGGAAACAUUACGUGGUGUACAAUUGAUACAAAAUACACCACCAUCUGGACAAAAUGGAGCGAGAAUUGGUACACGACGUGCAGCACUUGAUGAACUUGGUUGUGUUGAAUGUUUGUCAGCAUGUGCUGAAAGAUGUGCUGAUGUACCAAGACUAUUAUCACAAGCACAACCUGGUCUUCUUGCUCUUGCUGUUUGUUUAACCAGUAGCUUGAACCGGUCUCGUGUUCUUGCUCUUCAGUUGUUAACAAAAGUAUGUCAAACAAUUGAUGGACAUGCAGCAGUUACUGAAGCAGUAUCAUCAUUACGACUUCGUUAUGGUGAAGGUGGAAGAUUUCGUUUUUUAGCUGGUUCACUUCUUGCUCCACGUGCAGCACUUGCAUUAAGAGUUGCUGGUGUAUCAUUUUUAAAUGCAUUUUUAACAUCAGCACCAAGAACUCAAACAAAACUUUAUAUUCAGGCUGAAGCAUGUGAAGCAGGUUUAGAGCCAAAAAUACUUGAAGAUUGGCUUGUUGAUAUUGAUAAUGACAAUGAACAAGAUACACUAACUGAAUUAUUAAAAAUUGAAAUUAAAAAAUGGUCAAAUAAUUGUGUUGAUGUUGAUGAACUUGAAAAACGUCUUGAAAAAGCUGAAGAAACAUGUUUAAUACUUGGUAAUAAAGUAACAAUAUUACAAAAUAAAAUUAAAAAAUUAAAAUUUGAUAAAUCAAAUAAUAAUAGCCAUGAAAAUAUAGAAAUUUUACCAACAAAUAAUAUUAAAUUAAAAAGAUUAUCAUCAAAUAUUGAUGAUGAAGGUAUAAGUUCAUCUGAAAGAUCAAGUAGUCCAGAUAAUAUAUGUAAUAAAAAUAAAAAAAUUGAAAAUAAAAUAAAAGAUAAUGAUCAAGAAACAACAAUUGAUGAUGUUAUUGAAGAAUUAAGAAUAAUUGUUAAAGAUGCUGAAGAAGAAGAUAGAGUUGGACUAAUAAAUGAUAAUGAUAAAAAAAAAUAUAAUUCUAUUAGUAAUAAUAAUAUAAUAGUAACAAGAGAUGAUGAUAUGGAUUAUUACGCUUGUGUUAAUAAAAAUAAAGAUAAUAAAAAUAAUAAUGCUUCAACUGAAAUUAUUGAUAAUGAUAGUUUAAAAAUAAUUGUUAAAAGUGCUAAUAAUAUUGAAGAUGAAAUUAUACCAGCGAUAUUAUAUCCUCAACCACCUCGACGUGCAUUACCAUGUUUAUCAACAAUAUUAGCAACAAGAAAUGAUGAAUUUAUAAAUAAUUCAUCACCAGUUGUAUUUAAUUCUCAUGAUGAUGAUGAUGAUGUUGAUGAUGCUGAAGAAGAAACUCUUGAUGAUGGAAGUGAUUCAUUAUUAAGUGCAUCAAAAUUAAAAUAUAAUACCAAUAAAAAUGAUUGUAUUAAUAUUGAAGAAGAGAAAUUUUAUUAUGCCAAAAAUCAUGAAGAGACAUAUAAAAAAUUUAAAAAUUCAUCGAAUAAUAUUGUUACAAAUGGAGCUAAAAAAAUUCAAGUUAAAGGAAAAUUAAAUGAUUAUGAUAAAAAAAAAUCAGUUGAAAGAUCAAUGAGUCAUGAUUAUAUAAGUAAUAAUAAUUUAAUUUAUGAUUUUAAUAAUGAUAAUCAUAAAAUAUUUAGUAGAAUUAAAAAAUUUGAAAGUUUAAAUUCAUUUGAUAAUACAAAUUUUAAUAUAAAUUCAAAUGAAAAACAUGAUAAAUCAGCAACAAGACAAUCAAAUGAAAUUAAAAAAAAAAUACGUAGAUCUGAAUCAUGUCAUCAGGUAUUUAAUGAAACUAAAAAUGAUAAUUUAUCAAAUAAAGGUGGAAGUGACAGUGGUUUACAAUAUAUAACAGAUUAUAAUUUACAAACAGUUAUGAUUAAUUCAAAAAUAAUUGAUAAAAAUAAUAAAUUAUCAAAAUCAUUAGAUAAAAUUGAUGAAACAAUGAAAAAUAAUUUACCAAUAAUAUCAUCAAUUGGUUGUGAUAAAACAAUUAAAUUUUCAUUCAGUGAUACUGGUGGUAUGUAUCUUCCAAAUACUUGCAAAUCACAUGAUAAAUUUAAUAUUGGUAAAAAUCGUUUUAAUGCUGGUAAAUAUUCUGGUGAUUUAUUAACAACAAAUAAUCAUGGAUUGAGUAAAAAUAUUUUAUCAUCAAAUUCUUCAAAACGUGGAAAAGUUACUGAUGUAAUAUCUGGUUUAUAUUAAUCAAUUUUUCAUUACUUUAAAAUUAUUAUUAUUAAAAAGU